AUGGAUGACCUUACCAUCACGGAAUACCCUGCCAUCACGGAUUCCCCUACCACCACGGAUUCCCCUACCGUCAGCAAUGACCCUACCAUCAUCGAUUAUCCUACCAUCACCGAUUACCCUACCAUCACCGACUACCCUACCAUCACCGAUUACCAUAUCCCCACGAAUAACCUUUUCUUCCCAUAUGACACUCUCUUCACGGGCCAUCCUAGAAACGUGGAUGAUCCUACCACCCUCAGGAUUGGUGAACUCACAUUGGGCAGUGAAAUCCCAUUUCCCUACAUUUCACGUUCGAUCACUUGCUUUCCGAUCGCUUGUUUUGAAGAAUCCCAUCCCCCCAAGAUACGAUGUUACCAUAUCAAAAGAAUCCAGACCUCCAUUCGGCAAUUUGAGCCUGAGUUCUGUAUCCGAGUUGAACACCUUGCCACAAUUUUACUUGUUCCUUUCGAACAUCUCAGGGCCGACGGCCAUCUUUCGUAUGAGACUAUCAUCUCUCCAGACCUGCACAGUCGAUUAGAGACUAUCUCACCAUUCUGCAAGCACUACAUGUAUUGCCUUAAUCCGAGAAAUUGGAACAACGGCGUAUGGGACCACGCCAAACCUAAGCCGGUAGAACUGGUGGACGAAAAUGUUGAACUAGGACCUGGAAUGAGCUACAACGACUUUCUAUUGACAAUCCACUCCCGAUCGGCUUUCGAAACUGUCACAACUACCCCGAUCGUCAACAAGAAGAAGGGCGAGCAGGCGCAGAUCAAUUGCAAGACCCGCGACAGAAACAAGUGUGUUUUGACUCAAGAAAUCAAUCCAUCUGUCUUUUGGUUCAUUCCGGAGAGAUGGAACGACACUGCGUCCCAUAAUAAUGCCACAGGUAACCUUGAAGAGGCAUGCACCUAUUUAACCGGGAUCGACUUUUUGGAUGAUAUCCAUAGUGCUACUGAGCUUGGCAAGACCCACCAAGUUUGGAAUAUGAUCUGUGUUAAUAAGGUAAUAUGUGAUCUUCUUAUGGAAGGUCGCUGUGCAUUCAAGUUUCUUCUGAGACGUGAAAUGGAUAACGAUACCUUCGAGGUAUUUUUAAGAUUCUUCUGGAUGCCUGAACUGCCUGGACGGUUCAAUCAACCCAUGGAUAUCGACAAUCUGAUCAAAAGAGAGUACAGCACAAUGCCCGGCAAUGAGCGGCCAGAUCUUAUUGAUCAACUCGAAAGCUUCUCCAAGAGCCUAUGUCCCCCGACAGAAUACUGCCAGGAAAAAUUGUCCGCGACAUCUUUUUCGUCCCUUUCAUCAGGACACGAAGUCAGGAUUCGAAUGUCAAGACACGAAUCGAGGCUAUGCGAAUCUGUGGUCAAGAUACAUUGGGCUUGUGUCACAUUUACAGCUCUUUGCGGUGGCGCUGGUCGUGCUUGGUACUUGACUGGCAACAACCAAGCAAAUGGCCGUCUUGAGGCGAGGGAUGAACAAUUCAGGGAGGAUGAGAAGAAGCGAGAGAAGAAGCGAGAGAAGAAGGAGAAGAAGAUGGAGAAGAAGAAGGAGAAGAGGGAGAAGAUAAAGGAGAAGAAGGAGAAGAUGAAGGCACUCCUCUCGCGGAAGAAAAAGGAGUGA